CGACCCUAAAAUUAUGAUGAAUUAUGGAGUGAAAGUUGGAAUAAAUCUGGGAGGAAUAAAUUAUUAUUCAUCUGAAGUAAAGUUUGUUGAUAUAGCCAAACAGUCCCAGGAAUGGAUAACUCAAAGAGAUGGUGUUAAAGCAUGGGAUACCAAAGAACAGGAUAAAAUAAAAUGGAUGUCAACUGGUUAUCCAGCUGAAUUAAGUGAAGGGCUGAAAGUGGCUAAAUUGGUAUACAGAAAUUUUGGGCUUCAUGAAGAAAGAGGAAAUUACACUAUUUUAUGGGAUGGAGAUGGAGAAGUCAGUUUUGGUCUAACACAUAAUACUAUUCUUUACCACAGUAAAGGUCGUAUGGUUGUAAAUUUCAAUAAUAUCGGAAAAGGAGGAAUAUUGAUAAUUGUUAGAAACGUGAACCCUAAAAGUCCAUUAAGAAAUUUAAGAUUUUUACCUCCAGGCUACGAACAAGUUAACGACAGAUUUCCAUUUCAUCCGCUAUUUUUAGAAAGUAUAAAAAGAUACUCGGAAAUACGAUAUAUGGAUUUUUAUGCUACAAAUGGUCACGGGCCUGAACCAACAACAUGGAGUAGUCGACACGAUCCCUAUUUCCAUACACAAGCAGGUAAUCAAGGUGGAGCAUUAGAAUAUAUGAUAGAUAUAAGUAAUAGAUUAGGAACUAAUCCAUGGUUUUGUAUGCCUCAUGCUGCUGAUGAUAAUUAUAUACAACAAUUUGCUCAAAUGGUUAAAAAUAAAUUACGUCCAGACUUAAAGAUAUUUGUUGAAUAUUCUAAUGAAGUAUGGAAUGGUAUAUUUAGACAAACGAAAUAUACAAGAGAAAAGGGAAUGGCUCUGAAAUUAGAUCCACAAGGUUACAGAGCUGGGAUGAAAUAUUAUAAUCAACGAUCAGCAGAAAUAAUGGACAUUUGGAAAAAGGUGUUCGGGACAGAGUCUUCAAGAGUUAAUGGAUUGUGGACAUGGCAAACAGGUUAUCAGGAUUAUUAUCGUCAGGCACUUGAAGAUCUUGGUGCACGAAUUCAAAAAUUUAAACUCAUUGCAAUAACUGGUUACUUCAGCUGUUUAGGAGUAGCAAGUAAAAAUGCGACAGAGUUACCACACAUGACCAUGGCAGAAAUACAGAAAUAUUGUAAAAAUGAACUGCCCAAAAAAGAAGAUCAGUUUAAACAUUAUCUGCAAGUGGCUAAGGACCACGGUGUUCAGCUGGGUAUGUACGAAGGUGGACCAGGGGUGAUGGAGAAUAGUGCUAUUCAACAUUUCGGACAAGCUCAUGACAAUACAACCGCCAAAGCUGUCGCUUUUAAUAAAGAUCCACUGAUGGCAGAAAGUGUGGAGGAUAUUUUAAAAUUAUGGAACAGAAUAGUUGCCACUGAUCCAAUCAAUAAAGACGCUGGAUUCUUCAACUAUUUUGCAUCUACCGGAACACCUUCUAAAUAUGGUUCAUGGGGAAUGAUGGAAUAUACUGGUCAAGAUCCUAAAACUGUUGCCAAAUAUCGUGGAGUUCAUGAGUUCAUUACAGCAACUUAUCCAAAAGCACCGAAUGGACCGAAAUGUACAUUUGUGAAGCAUGGGGCAAUUUCAUAUGGGUGUUUUCAUACCGGUGACCAUUUUGAAUGUGGUAUGACGGACAACCAAGGGAGAACUUGGAAUAAUUUAAAUGUACCUGGUGUAAAAUCUACAGAUGUACUGGUGUUAGAUGGUUUUAAUAGAAAGACUGAUAAACUUUAUAUUAGAAUAACAGAUUCUAUUACUUCUAAUACUUAUCAUGUAUACAAUACUAAAACACAUUCCUGGAACACGUUAUCUAACUUUAACUAUUAUACUGAGAUAGCAUCACAGAAUCUGAUAGCGCCAUUACCAGCUGGUGUUUAUGAUGGACAUGCACAAUGUUAA